AUGAACAAAGUAGUUGGUCAGGUUGGCCUAGCUUGGGUCCCUUGGUCGGUGGCUUUCCAGAUUGCAACGGCAAUUUUCCUUCUUUCAUGGAUCGUCUAUCAGCGCUACCUUUCGCCUUUUGCCCGGAUACCUGGACCAUAUUGGGCAAGUAUCACACGCUUAUGGCUUACAUGGCACUCUUACAAAGGCGACCUUCAUUUGAUUAUGAUAAAUCUUCAUGAGGUUCAUGGAAAGGUAGUGCGCAUCGCACCAAGCGAAGUGUAUGACAAGGAUGCGGUCAAGCUAAUGACAGAUGUAGGUGCGGGGUCCAAGUUCCGAAAAUCCGACUGGUACAGCGUUUGGCAAGGAAGAAGAAAAUUUGAUCUCUUCGCAGAACGCAAUGAGGCAAUUCAUGCAGCACAACGCCGUCUAGUUAGCAGGCCGUAUGCGAUGUCCACACUGAAAGAGUUGGAGCCUUAUGUCGACAAUGCUAUUGUAGUGCUAUUCGACAAGCUCAAGUAUAUGGUGGGACAAACGGUAGAUAUGGGCACCUGGGCUCAACUAUACGCUUUCGAUGUUAUUGGGGAAAUUACAUUCUCAAAGCGUUUCGGGUUUAUGGACGUCGGUUCCGAUGACGGCUCUUUCAAACAGAUUGAAGAUGCUCUUAUAUCGGCUGCCUGGAUUGGUCAGGUUCCCUGGUUAUACUGGCUUCAUGACUAUCUAUCUCCUGUCAUAGGUAACUGGCUCGGUAUUACGUCUCGUCAUGGCAGUUUGCGGCAGUUUGCAGCCCGCGAGGUGACUGCCCGGCAAGAUAGGGGCUCAGAUCACCAGGACAUCCUAGGAAAGCUUCUGUCAGUCCACCACGAGAAACCCGACCAAUUUGACAAUGCUAGUAUUGUAUCUAUGGCUACAUCGAAUAUUUUUGCUGGGAGCGACACAACCGCCAUCUCAAUUCGGGCAAUCAUUUACCACAUAUUGAAAAACCCCGAGAGCAAGCGUUUACUCCUGGAAGAGAUCAACGAGUUCUGGCAGCAAGGGAAACUCAGUGACCCUGUUACGGUUGCUGAAACUGAAAAGAUGCCAUACUUACAAGCUGUCAUGUACGAAGCUUUGAGGCUACACCCAGCUGUUGGCAUGACUCUGCCGCGUGUCGUCCCUAAGGGGGGAUAUCAAGUCGAUGGGCAUUUUAUGCCAGCUGGAUCCGUAGUAGGAGUUAACCCUUGGGUGGUGCAUCGUAAUACUGAUGUCUAUGGGCACGAUGUUCACUCUUUUCGCCCAGAGAGAUGGCUCAAGGAGAACAACGGAGACAUGCAUCGGUUUUUCUUUGCUUUCGGAUCCGGAGCACGAAUGUGCAUUGGACGAAAUAUUAGCUGGAUGGAAAUGUCUAAGUUGAUUCCGACUUUAUUCAUGAAGUUUGAGCUUGAAUUAGCCGAUUAUACGGCUCCUUUGGAGGAAAAGUGCUACUGGUUCGUGAUCCAGAAAGGAUUAUAUAUCAAAUUGCGACAAAGGCAGCCACCUGCCGUCAGCUCCGUAUGA